AUGAAGCUGCUUAAAGCUCAUCCACUGCUUGUAUUAGCAAAUAGCUAUCUGAUAGACUCCCCAGCUCCUAGUAACAUUACCUAUAUAUGGAACUUCGGAUCUCUCUUAGGUAGCUGCCUAGUUCUACAGAUCAUAACAGGGGUCACUCUAGCGAUGCACUACUUACCUUCGAUAGAUGCAGCCUUCUGCAGCGUUGAACACAUCAUGAGAGAUGUAAACAACGGCUGGUUAAUACGAUACCUACACGCUAAUGUAGCCUCAUUUUUCUUCCUAUUUGUUUACCUCCAUAUUGGUAAAGCCUUGUAUUAUGGCUCGUUCAGAGCUCCUAGAACCCUCCUUUGGUCUAUUGGUGUAGUUAUCUUCUUAGUGAUGGUCAUUACUGCUUUCCUCGGAUAUGUCCUACCAUUUGGACAAAUGUCACUUUGGGGUGGCCAUGAAAGCCCCACAUGUAUGUCUCUGCCUUUCAUUAUGCCACGUACUAAGGCUACAAACCGUAUUGGUCCGCACAAUAUUGACGUUUUAUCUGUUAUCUUCGGAUCUCUACUAGGUGAUUCUCAUGCGGAGAGGCAUGGGAAUGGGGUUCGUAUCUCUUUCCAGCAGGAGAGCACCAAUGUUGAGUAUCUUAUGAUGUUCUGGCGUUUUCUCUCUGAUAGAGGGUAUUGCUCCACUAAAAAGCCAAAGUUACUGAUUCGCACCGCAAAGGCCGGUCAACUUAGAUACUAUUUUAAGGAUGGUGUGAAGAUUGUCCCAGAUUGUAUUGGAGACUAUUUCACUCCCUUGGCUCUUGCUGUCUGGAUUCAAGAUGCUAUGUCUUACGGAUUGAAGCUGGCUUCCCACAAUUUCAGCUAUAACGAUGUCCUUUUUCUCUGCACCGUUCUUAAGGAUAAAUACGAUAUUGUAGCUACUCCUAAUAGAAAUCGUGACCAGUGGACUAUUUACAUCCAUUCUGAGUCUAUGCCUAUUCUUCGUGGUAUUGUUAAGGAUUUUGUAGUCCCUAUAAUCAUGCACAUGAUUGCACUCCACCAAAAUGGUUCCAACAAUCCGAUGGGAAUUUCAAGUUCCCUUGAUCGUGUUCCACUUCACCCGUACUAUACGUUUAAAGACUUGGUAGGCCACCCUGAUAACUACAUUCCGGCUAAUCCAAUGCAGACACCAGCUUCUAUCGUACCAGAAUGGUACCUGCUCCCCUACUACGCAAUCCUGCGCGCCAUACCUUCGAAGUUACUAGGGUUGAUCUCUUGGUCUUAUGAUGAGAAUGCUUUUCAUUCUCUUCGAUUCCCUUUAACUGUGCCUUUUCUUACACCCCUCUUCUUACACCCCUCUCUUGUAUUCCUUUCAGAUCAGAAUUGGGCUGCUUUUAAGGCAUCCCCUGGUUUGUUAUCUACUCCUGGGCGGGUGAAUUGGAACCUGGUUAAACGUCACUAUUUUAAUCAAUUUAAAAGAUGUAGCCAAGACAUGGGUAAGGUGGUUAAAGACUUGGUAGAUACCUUCCUUUGUGUCUCGUCACUGUUUAAACUCUCUCUUACUAGGAUCGAACAUGGUAGCGGGGCCCCUAAAGCGAGGGCCGGGAUCCGUAGAUCCCCCCUACCUUGCUUUAACCUGGCUAACUGGUUGGGUGUUGGGGGGCUUUGGCCCCCUCUGAAGCCGGCCCCCCUACUACCACCCUGUAAACGGUUCCCUUGUAAGCUGGCUUACCGCUUAGUAAAAG